AUGCUGGGAAUGCCGCCACUCAUCAAGCGGCAUACUGGUCAGGACCUUGCUGAUGAAGUAUCUUCAAUCAUCGAGUACUUCGAAAUUGCAGACGUCGUCGGUUAUUUCACCCUAGACAACGCCACCAACAAUGACACCUGUAUUGAAGCCCUAUCUAAAGUCUAUCUCUUCAAGCCGGAUGAACGGAGGAUCCGCUGUGCGCCGCAUACAAUCAACCUUGCUGUGCGAUCAAUGAUGUAUGGCGAUGGCGCCAAGAAGACCGACUUCCAUGAACUGCUUGGGAAGUUUCAGGCUGACAGCGGUCCCAGCGGUGAAGGCGAAAUGCAAAAUUUGCGUGAAGCUAUACAGAUGAUUGGGGACGACGAAUACUGGGAUGAACACCAGGAAGAGGUCCUCGCCGCGGCUGAUGAAGAUGACAUUUUAGCUGCUGACGCAGUAUCCGACUUUCCGGCCGUUUCUGCUGAGAUUCCUGCCUUGGUAAACGCCAGCAGCCUUGAGCAGUACCGUAAGUCAGGACCAUUUGGCAAGCUCCACAACAUCGGGGUAUGUCUUCGGUUAUCCUCCCAGUUGACGGAUCGGUGGAUGAAAUGCCAACAAGCUGUGGAUCCUAACCAUCCUCCAUUGGCCUGGCGUCACAAUGUCGCCACCCGAUGGCUUUCGGACGAAGGCAUGGCAGCUAGAGCUCUGACAAAACGUCCAGCAUUAGACCGGCUACUAACCGAGGUUGGUGAUACAUUCGCUCGCCGCUCGAAGAAGUCCCGGAGUGACAAACCACCAGAGAUUCUGCAAUACAAGCUUACGGAGGACGAAUGGCUCGUUGUCGACUGCUUACAACAGGUACUUGAGCAGUUUAAGAUAUCUGCAAAGAUCCUGCAAGGCGAUGGCUUUAGUGGCUUGGGUAAAAGAUCCACCACAGGGUCUUUAUGGGAAUACUUUCCUCAGAUUGAAGUUCUUCUCGAUCACCUCGAAGGCGCCGUUCGCGGGUUUAUCAUCAGGCCCUUGGAAGAUGGUACACUCGUCAAGGUCAGAAUUUUCGAAGGGAUCGACAGUCAAACGCGGCGCCUCCUGAAAGUCUACUUUCGGUUGGGCUGGAAGAAGCUACACGACUACUAUGAGAAAAUGACGCCCAUAGCUUACUAUACCGCCGUAAUUUUCCAUCCAGCGAAGAAAGUGGCAUUCUUGGAUCGAUUGUGGCGACAAAUACCAUGUAAGCAAAAGGAUGGCUGGCGGGACUGGGUAUCGAAGAGGCUGAGAGAACUUUGGGAAGAGCUGUACAAGAAUAAGGAAGUCAAUAAGCCUGCUGAUCGUAUGGAAAUUGAUUCUCUUGACUAUCUCGAACGUCGCCUGGCCUUCAUCAAUUCAACCACCGCGUCAGACGACGAAUACAGCGAAGAAGCUAACGAGAUCCCUGAAGUUCAGAGAAUUCCGGCUCAGCGGAACAAUGGUAGAUCGUUGACAAGAUCAAAGCCAGUGUCAAAAUCAGGCUCAACCGCAGCUAAGCUGGACCAGGACGAACUGGAUUUGUAUCUGUCCGAACCUGCUGUGGACCAGUUCCAGUACAGAGACGACCCAUUACUUUGGUGGCGGGAGCAUGGAGAACGUCGAUUUCCUAGACUAUCUCAUAUGGCGGCAGAUCUUUUAUCGAUACCUUCGUCGACAGCAGAGACUGAGCGCCAAUUCAAUAGCGCCGGUAGGAUGAUAAGCUCCACGAGAAACCAUUUGGGCAGAGCGCUCAUUGGCCAAGCACAAUCGAUGGGGUCCUGGAGUACGAUGGGUAUCUAUAAGCCAGAGUUUCCUAUCCAUUUACUACAAAGUCAAGAUUGGUACGACAACCUUGUGGCUCAAGGGCACGCAACGCCAUUGCCUAACGGUGUUGGGGCAAUUGAUUAA